AUGGCGACAAGCACGCUUAGCACAGUCAUGGUGAGCAAUUUGUCGCUAAAAGCAGCACUAAGAGAUGUAAAGGAAUUCUUUUCCUUUUCUGGUGACCUUGUGCAUGUUGAAAUGCAAAGUGGCGACGAGCUGUCUCAAGUUGCCUACAUUACUUUUAAAGAUAAGCAAGGAGCUGAGACAGCCAUGCUUCUGACGGGUGCCACAAUAGUCGAUAUGGCUGUCAUCGUAACACCAGCCACUUAUUAUGAGCUACCAGCUGAUGUUUUAGCUGCUCUAGAGCCCAAAGAUGCAAAGUCCUCUGCUCUUGAGAAGGCAGAGGACAUCGUUGGGACCAUGCUGGCCAAGGGGUUCAUUCUUGGUAGGGAUGCACUCGACAAAGCAAAAGCUUUGGAUGAGAAGCAUCAGCUCACAUCAACUGCGACUGCUCGAGUAUCUUCCUUUGACAAGAGAAUUGGUCUGAGUGAGAAGAUCAGCGUCGGUACUUCAGUUGUAAACGAUAAAGUAAAGGAAAUGGAUCAGAAAUAUCUAGUCUCCGAGAAGACAAGGUCAGCACUUGCAGCUGCUGAACAGGGUGUCUCCACUGCUGGAUCUGCCAUCAUGAAAAACAGGUAUGUCCUUACUGGAGCUGCAUGGGUAACUGGUGCCUUCAGUAAGGUUGCGAAUACCGCGAACGACGUCGGGGCAAAGGCAAAGGAGAAAAUAGCCACUGAGCAGGAGGGCAAGACCGUAGCGGCCGGGUAUGCACAAGCUGACAUGUCGGACGCUCAUGAAAAGCCCAGGGAUUUGGAUGGUGAAAUCACAAAGAUACAUGUCUCUGAAAACCCUGAAGAUAUCCCCAUAUCUACCGCUGCAGUUUUCCCCAUUACAGUAGAGGAUUCCAGUGAUGCGUCUCCACCGCCACCCGCUGCUGCUCUUCCUAAGAAACCGGAACCUGCGCAGGGAUUGAUACUAUGA